UCCAGCAGAAUGGGAUGACGGUGAAUCCUGCUGGUGUGCUGUGAAUGUGAAGCAGGAGGGACUGGCAGCUUGUGUGCAGGAGGGAAAGCGAAUCGGUCCAGGGCCCCUGGAUUAGCGGAAUAAGGAAAGGUUUUCUGAGAUAACUUGUAUCUCCAUGGACUGUAUCCUUGAGAGAAAGCAGGAGAGAAAGAAAAUACAGCUGAACAAAUAAGGCAUAUUUCUCCAUCAGGAUUUCAACGGAGAAGACCUGCCUGCCUGGGCUGUAAGGAGGUACCCACACAGACACAGAGACGUCCCCCAGGACUGGUGACACCAUUGUUCAACCUUGCUCUUGCUGAGAAAGUUUCCACACAACACUGCAACAAUGAAUUUCCUCCGGCGGCGUCUCUCAGACAGUAGUUUUGUGGCAAAUUUGCCCAAUGGCUACAUGAUGGACUUGCAGCGCCCUGACAGCUCCACGAGCUCCCCGGUUUCUCCUGCCACAGAGAGAAAGCACCUGCACCCACCUCAACCCUCGCACUCUUCCUCCACUGGCACCAGCAUCUUCAGCUCCAUCUCCAGUGCCAUGAAGCAAACCACACAAGCGGCUGCAGGGCUGAUCGAUCACUCGGUCAGCCCCACACCACCAGUGGCCCAGAAACCCAAGAUCCUCCUGGUGAUUGAUGAUGCGCACACAGACUGGGCCAAGUAUUUCCAGGGGAAGAAGGUGAAUGGAGAAUUUGAUAUCCGAGUGGAACAGGCAGAGUUCUCCGAGUUGAACCUGGCUGCCUACGUCAUGGGUGGCUGCAUGGUGGACAUGCAGGUCAUGAGGAAUGGCACUAAGGUGGUAAGGUCUUUCAAGCCGGACUUUGUGCUGAUUCGGCAGCACGCCUACAGCAUGGCACUGGGAGAAGACUUCCGCAGCCUCAUCAUCGGCCUCCAGUAUGGUGGCAUCCACACAGUCAACUCCCUCUACUCCAUCUACAACUUCUGCAGCAAGCCCUGGGUGUUCUCUCAGCUCAUUAAAAUCUUCAACUCCCUGGGUCCUGAGAAGUUCCCCCUUGUGGAGCAAACGUUCUUCCCAAGCCAUAAGCAGAUGCUCACAACUCCGAAUUUCCCUGUAGUGGUCAAGCUAGGACAUGCUCAUGCUGGAAUGGGGAAGGUCAAAGUUGAGAACCAGCACGACUUCCGGGACAUGGCCAGCAUAGUAGCCAUGGCAAACACCUAUGCCACCACCGAGCCAUUCAUUGACUCCAAGUAUGACAUCCGAAUCCAGAAAAUUGGCACCAACUACAAGGCUUACAUGAGGACGUCCAUCUCUGGAAACUGGAAGGCAAACACAGGUUCUGCGAUGCUAGAACAGAUUGCAAUGACAGAGAGGUACAGACUCUGGGCAGAUGCCUGUGCAGAAAUGUUUGGAGGUCUUGACAUCUGCGCUGUCAAAGCUGUCCACAGCAAAGACGGAAAAGACUAUAUCAUUGAGGUGAUGGACAGCUCAAUGCCCCUGAUUGGGGAGCACGUAGAAGAGGACAGACAGCUUAUAGCUGAUCUGGUUGUUUCCAAAAUGACUCAGCUUGUCAUCACUGCUGGAUCUACACCAUCACCGCUGAGGCCUUGGCCUCCACAAGUUCAGCCAGUGUCAAUGAAAUCUCAGACUGGACCUCCACUUGGACAGCUGUCACAACCACGGCCUCCUCCCCAAGGUGGCCCACGCCAGCCACAAGGAUCUCAGCCUACAAGAACAAACGCACCUCCACAGCAGCGGCUCUCUCCUCAAGGACAGCAGCCCCAGAGUCCUCUGUCCACUUCCCCUCAACAGCAAAGGUCACCUGGAUCUCCACAGCAAGUCCGAUCAGCAACUGGGUCCUCUCCAGUCCAGGCUCCCAAGGCAGGCACAUUCCCUCCACAGCAGCCUAGACCUCCUGCCCAAGGCCGGGCUCCAAGCCAGCCAAGCCCGACGGAAACAUCCAAACAGCAAGCUGUCCCACACCCACACCUGAACAAAUCGCAGUCCCUGACAAACACCUUCAGCAUAUCUGAAUCACCUCAGCGGGGAAAUGCCAGCGAAGAUGAAGCAAAAGCUGAGACCAUCCGCAAUCUGAGGAAAUCAUUUGCUAGCCUCUUUUCCGAUUAACAGUUCUGCACCUGGAUCUGUGCUUUUGUCAGCCCUCACUCUACAUAAUAGCAUACCUGAUGUCAUCCUGGAACACACUCAGUGGAACCCAACAACUUACAACUACCACCUGGGUAAAGGGAAUUUAGAAAACUACAGUUGUUUUAAUACAAAGAAAAUAUUCUAAUUAUCUGAAAAGUGACUGCAUAAGUGUCACUACAUUGUUUUUUGUGCAUAAUCAGAUCUGUUCAAAUGACUGAGUUGUAAAGCAAAUUUUACUCUUGCUAACAUCUGUGGAGUCAACACAGUUAUGACAGUGCAAACUGGGUUUUAUUUUGAUUUGUACAUAGUCAAUACAAUUGCUAACUUCCAAUUACUGAAUUCUUGUUAAGGUCAACCUAAAAAACAUGGGCUUCUUUCAGAAACAUAUAUGCAAAGGCAGAGUCAAGAAUAAGUAAGUAUUCAUUGACUGACAAAGUGAGCAUGUUUGAGCAUGGAAAUACAGUGAACUGUGGAACUUUGUGAUACCAACUUCAUAAAAGGUCACUUCUCAGAUCAAAACUACGUUCAAGUUAAAUAUGGUACCAGGCAUCAGUAAGCGCCAAAGAUCACAUGAGCAGGUCAUCCAGAUGGACUCCUGGUUUAUUCCAGAUCUCUCUGCUCACAGCAGAUAAGACAUCUCUGUUUCAUGACUUGCAUUUAUGUCCCCUGCACACUAUUCCCAAGUUCUGAGAGAAAAACAUCAUGUUCUAACCUUGUAGCCUUAGCUCAAAAAUAACCUGAGAAAUGGGUCUUCCACACAAAAAACAACUUCUUCCCCUGCCCCUGAAAACAUCAGAGUUCACAUUCACAGUUCACACAAAUUCCAGACAAAACCCAGCUAAACUCCAAGCACUUUGGUGACUUGGUCACAUCUGGCUAAGUAUGUCCCUCAGGAACAUGCUUAAUUAAUAGCAGAGCUGAUGAAGUGCACAUACUUGUGUGCUGAGUGUUCCAUAAUACUGAAUGGACAGAGAGAUGGAGUGAAAUCCUGUCUCCCUCCUUGAACUCCCACUGACUUUGCUGGGGUGACUGCAAAAUGAAUGCAAGGUGGCAAACCUGCAACAGAAGAGGAAAAUUAUACUUUGCAAAUAAAAUGAGCUGGCUCCAUCCAGAGACACCAAGCCAUGGGAAGGCAUGUAUGGGAUUGCCACAAGUAGGACUAAUACAAUCAGUAUUAGUUCUCCCUGACCACCCCUAAGAAUUAUUCUUCCAGAGAACCCACAGACAGAUCUUUGCCAGUGUGCUUUUUCUCUAAGCCUGCAACACUGAAUGAAGCUGUGGAUGUGCCCAUGAACUUGGACAUCACAAAACUGAGGAAUUACACAAGCUAUGUUCAUGACUGCAAAAACCCACCCUGGGUAAAUCCAUGUAUUUAUAGCUAUUUCUGCCAGCUGAGAACCCCCUUGCACUCUGUGAGCUCUGGUUAUAACAUAGCUAAUGCAGGUACCAGUCCUUGUCCCACCUCCUCAAAAUACAGCUUCAAGGUCAGACUUGGCUUUGUGCUUCCCUUAGCAAGUUCACCAUGAUGAUACUCAGGAAUGCCCAGGGAGGUCAGUAAGUUUUAAGUUAGAAAAAUAUUUGAGCCAGUGGCACAGAUCUUUGCUAUCAUUUAAACCAGGAGAUCCCCAAAAGAGCAACAGCAACAGCUGCAUUUGCCAUCUCGGAUCUUAUGAUUCACUGGUGGGAAUAAAGCCAAACAUGGAAAUCCUUCCUGCAUAGCACCUGUAAUGAACAUCUAAAUCCAAUGCAGUCAUCUGGACCUUGUAUGACCUACCCCUGAGCAGGUCUUUGCACAUAUAAUGGCAAGUAACAGCAUAGCUUUUCCAGGUUGGAAGUCUCUCAAGAGACACAUCUGGAUCAAUGAUUUAUAACUCAAGUGCCAGUAUUACAAGACCACCUUACUCUCUGAUGAUUUGUUUCUGUUGUUAUUUUCUUCCCCAGCUCUCUGUUGUCCUUCAAGGUUUGCUAAGCAGUUUACAACGUAGCAUCAUAAAUAUAUGUCAUUGUCUGAGGAAAAAAAAAAAAAAACCAGUCCCUGGUGUUUUGGAGUCUCCAGGAGCAAUAAAAGAGUGACAAAUGGGUUUGAGCAAGCAUGGUCCCACUGGCAAGAAUAGCAGAUUAACAGGCUCCACUAUAUGGAGAAGAGGUAAUACAACGCUGGUGGGAGAGGAUUUCCUUCUGUAACACUUCCCUCAGCAUGGUUUAUGCCUUUCCCUACUAAAUAGUCACCAGAGACGCAGAGUCAGAAAUAAAAGUUUACUGCCAGAAUCCUCAACUGCUCUAUCCCCUGAAACUCUUUAUGUCUCCCUUACCAACACAACAUAUACAAAAAAAGUAACUAGCGACUAGUGUGACACGGCCCCAUAAAUCGACCCCAGUUCAUCACUGAAACCACAACAGCUGGAUCAUUUCUGAUGCCACAUUUGAACACAGUAGGGCUGUCCUCCAAUGCACCACAGUAACAGGAUAGCACUGCUGACUUGAUACCCAGCAGUGACUCAAAUCUCUUACCAGCUGUCACCUUUCCAGGAGCAAACAGAAUUGCAUCUCUCCUCCUCCUAGUUACAAGUACGAGCAAUAGGCACUCUCAGCUUAUCUUACUUACUCCCAUAGUUCCUGAAAAGCAUCUUCAUUUUUAUUCACAGAAGUGCUUUAAUGAAAACAGUCAGCUGAUUUCCUAAGUUAAAAGGAUGAAAAUCUAUGUUGUGUCCUAUGAAUGUCCCAACAGUACACCUCAAGUCUACAACUAUGAUCUUGUGGCUAGCAGGAGAUUCACAAAUGCAUCAUCCUAACCUCAGGUUCUCACCUUUGAUACCAGGUUUCUACUCCAAACUCCCUACACUCCAACAACGAGACAGAGGAAAUACAAGGGGUAUUCUCCAUUUAUAUGGAUGGAAAAGUAAGGUAUACCCAAGAGGUAUUUAGGUACCUAAAUGUAACAGCUGGAGUUAGGGGCAGUAAGAAGGCAAUAGAAAAACUGGUAAAUAGAAGCUACAUUUAAACCACAGGGCACACAAGCCCCACAGCAUGCUUUGGGAUCUUUCUCACACAGCUGUGAAAACUGUGUGAGCACCUGGUCAGAGCUUUCUUUUGUCUUGCUUGCUUUCAUUUUCUUCAUAUGGAAGCCAGGAAACAUGAGUAGGUUUGUGUGUUUGGAUCCAACCCAAGAAGGAGCCGGGACACAGCUAUGACACCCACCCAUAUCCACCACCAGGAAAACUAUUUUACAUUUUGCUGUUUAGAUACAAACUGAGAAACAUCUUGAUUGUCGUGUCAUAGCUAGGUGUGGUAUUUCAAGAGAAAUGUCAUUUACAUUCCCAGGCAAGCUAAGGUCCAGAAGAACAGCAGUUUGACUGUCUUCCACUAACCACAAGCAGGUGCAUAAGACUUUACACCCUGUGUAUGGCUCAACUGCUCCACAUCUGGUUGGUUCUAAGUUUCAUGAGUAAGAUAAAACAAUAAAUAGAAUAGCCAAGGAUAAUAGUUCCUUAUUUCCAAGUGACUGUUAGCAGCAAUGUUAACAGUGCUGGGUACUGACGAACAGUACAGGUAAGAAAUGCCCAUCUUCAGGCAUUUCAUCUUUUGUGAUUUCUCUUUUUAAAAGUUUGCAACAGGAAUCAUACACUUGACUUGGGAGCUGGCAAAUAAACAAAGCAAGCAGCUAGUUUUAAAGUAUUUCCUCUGUUUUGUCUUCUAAUUUUAUACUGUUGGUCCCAAGAUAUUCACUUUAUAUUUCAUAUCCUGUUUUAUGAAUAACAGGAACUCCUCUUCAAGGAACUUGACAGUUCCGGGUAAGUCGGGUUCCUUUACGUUUGGCUCACAAUACCUUUACUACACUGUGAAGGACAACAAAAAGGGGGAGGAACAUCUUCAGGUCCCUUAGUGGUGUAUGUGUAAAAAGGCUGAGCUCAUCUCUUCAAAAAAACACAUUCAAAUGACAAAAUCCAGGAUGAACUGAACCUCUGGCAUCAGCCUGGCAGAAGUAUAACUUCAUGACUGUCAUCAUGGCAGACAGAGCCCAAUUCCAGAGAGGGACACAGCCUGCCAGCAGGGUAAGCCCCAUGACUGUCAUCAAGGCACUGGGCGCGCGAGUACCACUGGCACCACAAAACUGACUUAUCUCACGUGCAUGGAAAUCAUUGUUCCCAGAAAUAACUUGAAAAAAAAAAACCCGAAAACAAAAAGGGUAAGUUACAGCUUUAUCUGAUAAAAUAAUUUGUAUAACCUUAUCUGAAUAUUAUGUAUUCAUUGCUGAAGCACUCCUCACAAGGACAAGAUGGGGCAAGACCAGUGCAGUGUAGAUUUCCCUUUUCCUUUUUAUAGUCAGAGGAAUAUAAAGAAGCACUAUAAGCUUCUUUACAGAGGUCUAACUAUAAAUUUCACUUGUGAAAAUUCUUUUGGAACAAGACAAUUCAACCACUGCAGGUAAAUGUUAAAAGUAAAGGAUAAUCUUGGUAUUGAAGGGAAACCAUUGCUGUGAAGUAGAAAGAGAAGAAAGAAGCAAUACAACUUUUGACAACAAAAUAAAGUAUUAUAUUUUACUAGGCAAAACUUCCUGACCCUACUGAAGUCAGCUGAUUUUAUACAAAACAAGAAGAUGAAUCACUGAAAUAUCACCUGAAAAAGCACACAAGUAUUACUGAUUAAAUAGCUUGUAUUUAACAGGAAAUGCCAUUCCAUUUCCACUGUUGGAAUUUCAAAAAGGUUUUAGAAAAUAGUUAUCAGUUGUCACAACAGUCAUCAGUACCAUUUACAUUUAUAGAAACACUGAGAUCAAUCCUCUUAAAAAAUAUGUAAGGAAUUAGAAGUUCUAGCAAAGUUUAGUCAUUCUGGUCUUCCUUUAAUUGAGCUCCAGCGACAGCCUGCAGAUCUCAUCAGGAGACUUCAGCAGUGGUCUUGUUAGUUGCUCAUUUGUUAAUAAGACAAUACUGGAAAGGUGCUCAUAACAUGCUACAACACAUUUCUUUUUGGCAAGAUAUAAUCUGAUACUUAAGUAAUGGAAUUAAAUGGAAUUUACUGAAGUGAGAAUUCUGCUUCUUAUGUUGUUGUGACCCCAUUUCUACUGCAACCAGGUCAGCCUAUUUAAUUCCUUAAGUCAGAUAGGGAGAAAAGAUGCAUUUCUGCACCACUUUUAGUUCACACACAGUAAAUGCAGCCAUGUACUACAGAUCCUUAUUUGUAAAGUCAUGGAGAAAGAUAAAAGUUUUGCUGCUGAUUCUUUGUAAAGUUGCUCUGCUUCUGUUUAGACUUCUGAGUUGCACUGUAGCAUGACUUUACUCAGUUGUUUGUAAACUGAAUUAAUUUGUGUUCUAAUAUUUCCAUUGUGAAGAAAAUUCCUUCCCUGUAUUCUUUGUGCAUUAAAAGUAACAAUACAAAAAUGCUUUUUACCUAAUAAAACAUUACAGGAAAAGGGAAACAACAUAUUCAAAAAUUUCCAUGAACACACAUCUACCAUGACAGUGGUAGCAUCCUGUUUUAUGUGGUACACGGUAACUUUUUUGUUAAUAAAGAUUAUUAAUUAACCCAGUA